ACCAGCUUCAAGACAAAGUUCAGCAACACUAGUUACCAGCAACAAUGGAGGAGGCCAUGCACUUCUUGGACGAACUCAAGGAAAAGUACCUGCACCAGGUCGAGCAAGCCAUUGAGGACUGGGACUACCAGGACUUUGCCCCGGACAAGAGGUGCGCGCUGCUUGACAACGAAGAGGAGGUGAACUCCCGCGAUGACCCGGACGAAAGCUGCGCUAGCAGUCCCAUCCCCAAGACGGUUCGCAAGUCGUGGGUGGGUCUAACACCCGAUGCAGAGAUCGAAAACAUUGAUUGUGGCCAAGCUGCGGUGAAUCUCUGCGGCUACGAGGCCAAGUUGAUUGCCGUUUGCACGCCACCCGGUGGCAUCCACGGCAUCCCAGAUACUGAAAGCGUCCAGCGGCUAUUUGCACAGAUCCCUCGUCUCGACGCUGCUAACGUGGCCACUGCGUUCUCUACGCGGCUGCAAGACGACGUCGCUCGGCGCUCGUGGCAGAUUCGCGCCAAGGCGAUCAUUCUGAUGCAGAUGCUCGUGGAGAUCAAGCCAUUCUCUGGUCGAUAUAUCCCGGCUUUUGCAGCCAAUCCUACGCUCAUGCAGCAACUCGAAGUCCACCGUACAGGCACCUACAAGCAGGUGAUCCGUGAAGGCUCACGCAAGCUUCUGUCUCUGGUCCGUUCGAACGGUACGGACCCAGCACUCAUUCCAAAGGAGAGCCCAACGAAGCCUCACCCGCCAAAGAUGUCGCCCGGUAAGCUGGCAGUGAACAAGGUGUUCAAACCGGAGCCCGUCAUGUCCAAGAUUACAGCGCUGCUAGUGCAGAGCCCCAAACCGUCGCAGGUCAUGAGUCCGAAGGUGUCGCUAGCUGUCCAGGCGUCGUGGAGACGCCGAAACAGUGCCACGAAGUCUGACAAGGAGGAUGAAAACCUCAUGCCCUUUCAGCAACUCACACCGACUUCCAACCCCAAGGAGAUUAGAAAUUCUUGGGUCUAUGGAGCUCCAAAGGAAGCUUUAAUCACCUCGUCGAACGCGAGGCUGGACAGUGGCAGCCUCAGUGCCUUCUCCUUUGUCCAGUAAAGACCACAUCUGCAUGAUCCACCUCUAAAACUCUAAAUCCGAAGAAAGGCUCCAAAAUAA